CGCAAGACCUCGAUCGAAGAUGAUUAGAAAUCACUGUGGUUCGCACCGGUCGCACGUAGAUCGCGAAUUUCUCUCUUUUGCCGCGACCGACGUAAAUCCGUGAUCCGUCCACCUGUCGUCCUGGAAAAACGCCGACGGAGCGCGCUGAGAACUUCACGCUCUGAUGGCCAUUGGCAACCACAUGUCGAACGCUACUUCCACGUUCCGAUAGUGCUAUGAAGCAAGAACUAAUCCGACGGAAUGGAACGACUACGAGAAACCCUUAACCUGACCGCCGUGUUCCUGCUAGCGAUCGCUAACUUAGCCGCGUUAUCGUCCUGCCAGAACCUCAGCACCUUCGCCACCACAAUCGACAUCGGCUCCACCGGCAGCGCCGAUCAGCACACCAAUUACUCCUGGUCGCAGCCACCGAACACGACGAUCUCGAUCUUUCAAGAGACCACGACCUAUUUGCCGGUUCCGACAACUGACCAGACGCAGGAGAUCCUCGACUCCGCGGAAACGGGUUUCCCAUAUCGUUAUAGGGAACCGUCCCGUCUCGACGAGGAAGAAGAAGAAGACAAUUCCGAGAAGCCUGCGGACCAUGUGAUACCUUAUUCGGUGCACGAAGACGCGAGAGACGUGCCUACCCGGCCGGAAUACGUCGCCCCGGGACUCUGGGCGAAGCCACCACCUGACAAGGACAUCCCGCUCGACUUCGUGCCGACCAAGUUGCACGCGCAGGUCCGGGGAACGCAUACCGUGAAGAGGUUGCCGCAACAAGAGGCGAUUGAGAAUGCGGAGACCGACGAGGAGAAGCAUAACGCGCAUCGUUUGAGAGAAAUCGUCACCAACUCCAAAGUCAACACCGUCUACACCGAGGAGGGAUACGAGGACUCGGCGUACGAUCACGCGGGCCACGUCAGGGACGCCGAUUUCCACGAGGGAUUCGCGCGGAAGCUGCACGAUCGAAAGAACGACAAACAGAGUUCUCAGAGCGGAAAGAGGAAGAAGGGAGAACACGGGAAACUGGUGCCUGACGAGUACAAGGAGUACGACGAAGACUAUCAGGAUCACCUGGAGGAGAACAGGAAGCGCGAGAAGACCUCAGACGAUGAGCAUAAUUUGAUAGGAUACGGCAAAAACGCCUGGGAGAAAUCAGAGAUAGAACCCAAACUGGUAGUUGCGAAUGGCGUGCAAGAGUUGGAGGAGGACAUUGAGGAGGAUGCCGAAGAGGCCGAGAGGAGCGAAAAGGUCUAUCAAAGGCAGCAAGAAUCAAGACCCUCCUACGAAGUCGACAGCUCAGAGUCAGAGGAGACACACGAUGAGGGUGAUUUAAGGAACGAAGAGAACAAGUCGGUCAAGUCGAAGAAGCAGAAGUCCAAAUCGCUAAAGGAAAAGACCGAUAUUCUAGGUAAAGGAACAAAGACGUUGCGCAAGUCAGGGCAGAAGGAGAGGCUUCGUGAAGAAAGUCACGAAAAGAUCGUACCUCCAGCUGAAGGCAGCGACAGUUUAGAGAUCGACUCUGAAACAUCCGCGAGUCCUCACGGUUUCGUGACGAACUCCCUGAACUUGGAAGUCACUAGAUACGUCACUCCAACCUCGUUCCAACAACUCGACGAGCCGACGACGAUCAAUUACAGCCAGGUCCUGUGGGACUACUUCAAGACGAGCCAACAGCCGUUGCCAAUCGCACUUAUUCCGAACUCCACGACACCGAACCCGAGACUGGAAGAGCACACGCCAGUCGCGGUGGCCACCAUCGACGGCCAUGGUCCGUAUCUGUUAGUGACGAAGGAGGAGACCUCGACAUUGCCGUCAACCUUCUUUAGCACGAAUUCCUUUCAACCGCAACGUCUCUUCUCUGACCCUGUAAACUUCGCGUCGAACUCCGUUGGAGAACAAGAUCGUCUACCUGAACGAAGCGACGAAGUCAGCUACAUCGGCGGCGUCAAUAUACUCCUCUUCGACGACCCUGCUUGA